UACUGCGGAGGUGCCUCGGAUGCUGCUGAUCUUGGAGACAGGGUAGAACACCCAGGCUAGGUGUGUCCAGGGUGUCAGGAAACCCUUGUCCCUUCCCUCACGUGCGUGUCCGCCCUCGCUCUCCAGGUCCUUGCAAUGGCCACGAACACUACAUCUCCUGAAGCACCCUCCUCACAGGUGCCAGGUGUCAUGUUCAGCUCUCUGCUGGUUAUCACCGUACCGUCGGCGGCACUGGCUGUGGGGCUGCCUGGCAACAGCUUUGUGGUGUGGAGCGUCCUGGUAGAGAUGCAGAAGCACUCUGUCACUGCCCUGCUGGUGCUACACUUGGCCCUGGCCAACUUGGCCGUAUUGCUCACUACCCCCUUUUUCCUCUACUACACGGCCCAAGGCCUCUGGACUUUUGGACUGGCUGGCUGCCACCUGUUCCACUAUGUCUGCGGAGUCAGCAUGUAUGCCAGCGUCCUGCUUAUCACGGCCAUGAGCCUGGACCGCUCGCUGGCGGUGGCCCUCCCCUCUGUGUCCCAGACUCGCACCAAGACAGUUGCCUGGCGGGCGCUAGCAGGCACCUGGGUGGUGUCUGUCCUGCUGGCCACGCCCGUCGUCUUGUACCGCAAGGUGACGUUGGGACCGCACAACAGGAGCCUGGUCUGCUUCCCGGAGUCCCCCAGUGAAGCACAUAGGGCUCUCCAUCUGUUCUUCGAGGUGGUCACCGGCUUCCUGCUGCCGUUCCUGGCCGUGGUGGCCAGCUACUCCGACAUCUGGCGCCGGCUGCGGGUCCGGCGCUUCCGCCGCGGCCGCUGCACCGGCCGCCUGCUGGCCUUUAUCGUCCUGGCCUUCGCUGCCUUCUGGCUGCCCUACCGAGUGGUGAACCUGGCCGAGGCGGUCCGCGCGCUGGCGGGCAAGACAAUGGGGUCCCGGCAGAGUCAGCGGCUGCACCUGGCCCGCAAGCGCUCUGAACGCUGGCUUUCCUGAGCCAGCAGCGUGAACCCCGUGCUGUACGCAUGAGCCGUCGGCGGCCUGCUGCGCUCGGCUGGCGUGGCCUUCGUCGCCAAGCUGUUGGAGGGCGCCGGCUCCGAGGCGUCCAGCAGCCGCCGCGGGGGUACCCUGGCCCAGACGGUGAGGGGCGCCCCCGCCUCUCCCGAACCCGGCCCCGCCCAGGGCCUCACUGUCUCCACCAACGCUCUCGAGCAAGCGAAGCGAAGUCAACUAGGCCUGCGGGGUGGUGGCAGCGGAAGGAUGCCUGCUUUCCUCCUGGGGGAAUACGCCCACGCUGGCCUGACCCAAUUCUUCAACCUCCUCUUACGCAGGUGGCGGGUGGAGCGGAAGAGAGCGAGGGGAAGGGCAAGAAAUGAAGAUUUGCAGAAGUGA